AGGAGGAGACAGGGUGGAAAGUGGGAGGGAAUAGAGAAGCAUGUGUGUAAAGCAUGCAUGUGUGUGUGGCAUGGCUGUGGUUCAGGCUGUUGAAUGAGUGGGCCUUGUGUAGCAGUAUUCCAGCUGCUUCUCUGCCCUAGAGCCACAUGUCAGAGCAGUGUGUGUUUGUGAGUGCAUGCGCACAUGUUUGCAGGAGACGGAACACCGGCCACCGCAACUAGUCACCGGAGAAACUGCACACCAUUGGUAUUUCUCAAACUUAACACAAGCCAUCUUUGUACGCAGACACGUCUGAACUUUCUCCUGUGCGAUGAGAGGAAUGACAGUAUGGAGAGCUCAUUGCUUUCUCUCUCAGAGUUUGUUUCUGGUGGUCCUCCUGAUCCCCCAGCAGGGAAAUGCCCACCCACAGUGCCUGGACUACAAGCCUCCGUUCCAGCCUCCGGAGCCCCUGCUCUUCUGCAAGGAGUAUGCCAAAUUUGGAUGCUGUGACUUAGACAGGGAUAACCAAAUAUCCCAACGCUUCUAUCAGAUCAUGGACUACUUUGACCAUACUGGAUUCAUGGCCUGUGGGAAGUACAUCCGCAGCAUUCUCUGCCAGGAAUGCUCUCCAUAUGCAGCGCAUCUGUACGACGCAGAAGAUGCAAACACCCCGAUGCGGGAGCUUCCCGGCCUGUGCGGAAACUACUGCAAUGAUUUCUGGCUUCAUUGCCGUUACACUCUCAGCCUUCUGAUCAACAACAAUGAAACUUAUGGUAUUGAAGAAGACCAAAGCAAGUUCUGCAAAUAUCUUGAGCUGAAAGAUCCUGAGUACUGUUACCCAAACGUCCUAUCCAACGACGAUCUCAACGCCAACCUGGGAGAUGUGAAGGCGGAUCCUCAAGGCUGCAUACAGUUAUGCCUGGAGGAAGUGGCGAAUGGGCUUCGUAAUCCUGUGGCGAUGGUACAUGCGAAUGACGGCACUCACCGCUUCUUUGUGGCGGAGCAGCUGGGUUACGUGUGGACUUACAUGCCAAAUGGUUCUCGAAUCGACAGGCCGUUUCUGAACUUGACCAGGGCAGUUCUGACCUCACCUUGGGCUGGAGAUGAGCGAGGGUUCCUCUGCCUCGCCCUGCACCCUCGUUUCACAAAGGUGAAAAAGGCCUAUGUCUACUACUCAGUGUCUGUGAAGAAGCAGGAGAAGAUUCGCAUCAGUGAGUUUCUCGUUUCUGAUUCAGACAUGAAUAUGCUGGAUCACUCCUCAGAAAGGACACUUCUAGAAGUUGAUGAGCCUGCAUCAAACCACAAUGGAGGUCAACUGCUGUUCGGGUUGGAUGGAUACCUGUACAUAUUCAUAGGAGAUGGUGGCAAAGCGGGAGACCCUUUUGGAAAGUUUGGAAAUUCUCAAAACAAGUCCACUCUUCUGGGCAAGGUCCUACGAAUUGAUGUAGACAACAAUGAUUAUGGCGCCCCCUACAGUAUCCCAUCAGACAAUCCUUUUGUGGGAGAGUUCGACGCAAGGCCUGAAGUCUAUGCCUACGGCGUGAGGAACAUGUGGAGAUGCUCCAUUGACAGGGGAGAUUCGGUCAGCGGUCAGGGCCGUGGCAGAAUGUUCUGCGGGGAUGUUGGGCAGAAUAAAUAUGAGGAAGUGGAUCUCAUCGAAAAAGGAGGGAACUAUGGAUGGAGGGCAAAAGAGGGCUUUUCUUGUUAUGACAGGAAACUCUGCUUCAACUCGUCACUCAAUGAUAUUCUUCCAAUUUUUGCUUACCCACAUAAAAUUGGCAAGUCUGUAACUGGCGGCUACAUCUACAGAGGCUGCCAAAUGCCCAAUCUUAAUGGUCUGUAUAUCUUUGGGGAUUUUAUGAGCGGGCGACUAAUGUCCCUAAAGGAAAACCCUGAGACUGGGAAAUGGAGUUAUAAGGAAAUUUGUAUGGGCACUGAUAAAACAUGCAGUUUCCCUAAACUGAUAAACAGCUACUACAAGUACAUCAUAUCAUUUGGUGAAGAUGAGGCAGGUGAGCUGUACUUCCUUGCAACAGGAGUGGCCAGUGCCUCAGCCAGAGCAGGAGUAGUGUAUAAGAUAGUGGAUCCAUCAAGGCGGGCUCCUCCAGGAAAAUGCAACUUCAAGCCCACUCCAGUCAACAUAAAGGGCAAGCUGAUUCAUUUCAGUCCUAAAGAAGAGUAUGUAAUUAACAAAAAACCCUCAACAACUCCCAUUCCCAAACCAAAACCGACCAAACCCAGUACGACUCUACGACCACGAGUACCACAAAUGACAACUCGCAGGGUUCCUCUAGCAACCACCAUCCGACCACGCCCUCUCUACACGACCAUGCGGCCCAGACCUCCGUUCCUCACUACCCCUAGACCUGCGUAUUGGACAACGGCACCUAAGACCACUGCAAAAACCCAAACCGGCAGACCGGGCAAACGAGGCCGAGGCAAACCCAGGAGGAAAGGGGAGCGGAGGGGUCGUUCUCGAGCCGGGAGAGCAAGGCUGGUCAGCGCAGAUGGACAGAAGGACCGCGGCCGAGUGGAGAUCUUUGUGCGAGGCGAAUGGGGCACAGUGUGCGAUGACAUGUUUACCAUACAGGCUGCGGAGGUGGUCUGCAGGCAGAUGGGGUUUCCUGUGGCUGUACGAGUGGCUAAGAGAGCGGAACUUGGUGCGGGAGACGUCGGCGUCAGAAUCCUGCUGGACGACGUGGAGUGCGAAGGAACCGAACGGACUCUGCUGCAUUGCAAGCACGCCAAACUAGGCAAAAACAACUGUUCUCAUGACGAGGAUGUAGGGGUGGUUUGUGGCCAUUAUGAACAUGCAGUGGAGUGAAAGACACUGAGUAGAUGUAGGUUGUGAAUGCCACAUGUAUGGAGGCCAAAAUACAUCUCAAAAUGACCAACUAUAAAGUUAUGACAAAUUGGAAAUGUCCCCAUCAAAACCAGAAGAGAAUCAGAAUUGUUUAAUUUUUGAAUGUAGAAUAUUAAAUAUCAAUCUAAACAAUUUAGAUGACAAGAGUUAACUGCUCUAGAACAAAAAUAUGAUUACAGUAACUGCAUUCACAAGUAAUGCUAAUCAAUCAAUCAACAAAACAUUUUAUUGAUGAAUCAUUUUUCACACUGAAUCAAGCACUAUUUACACUGUGGUGUGAGUUGUUGAUCAUCUCACACAACAAAGACAACUAUAUUUACUGUUUUUUUUUUUCCACAUGAGACUUUCCUCAUAAAAAAAUAAAUAAAUGAUUUUAAAAAAAAAAAAUUAUAUCCAUCUAGUAAUCAUGAGAUCAAGGAAAUUUUGAGACUCUCCUUUUCAAACAUAAUUCAGGUUAUUGCUAUGUAAAUAUUGCAUUUUUGUUGCACAUUCAAUUUCUUGUUUAAUUCCAAAUGAUCGUUUUUAAAUUCAAAUGCUGGGCAUUCUUUGUUAUAUUGUAAUAAUAAAAAUGUAAAUAAAGU